AUUGAAUUAACACCUGGUCCCGAAGCGGAGGGUGGGCGGAUUAUUAUACAGCACCAAGAAUUCUGCCUAGAGUCUAGAACCUAGAUGAAGGUUUCACGGAGUAAGUCAUCUUUUCGAAGUACCGCGAACCGUAAAGUGUAUUUGUUGGAUAAACAUUAGAGUAGGCAGAGACCGCAAGUGUACCCGGAACGCGACGGUCAUGUUUGUUUAACAGAAAUCAAGGUAGUCAUAGAAGCAAGACCCCCGUUGUUGGAAGAGAAUGUUGCACCUCAACGACCUGCCGAAGAUUGCUCUUGAUUUGUGGGCCAGCUUCCGUAGGUUUUUCCCCGUGCCCUAUCAGCUACUAAUUGGUACAAAGCCCAGGGAACAUCUAGCGUUGCGCGCGCUUCUUCUCCUACUCUAUGGUCUUUUGUUGGGUUUGCUGUUUCAUCGGUUGGUGCUGGUGAAUUUGGAUCUUCCCACUACCAUCAAGUUCCACGUCGGACUCGCGGUAGCCUUAGCGCUCGGUAAGCAUGACAACGGUGUGUUCGACGGUGCAGAUCUUUGAACCCGAGGUCUUUCCAGGUCUGGGUUGCGCAUUCUCACUGCAAGUGCGCUGCAUCGGUACGCUCUGUUUGACCGGCUUUCUCGGUAGGGCGGGACGGAAUGUGCUUAAAACACUCACCAUCACGCUCGUGCUGGCGGGUCCCAUUGAGAAUAUGGUGCUGAACGGGAAGGAAGUGGUUCGGGUGUUGGCCUGCUCAUCCGAGCUUGCCUUCAACCUAACGCUAACACGCGUCGACCUGAUGUCGAAACCGUUCCAGAAUGCGCUCCUGGAAAGUCGUUCCCGGUUGCCUGAGUUGAAGCAAGAGUUUUCCGAGAUUGUCUCCAUAGUGGAGCCCCUGGUGCGGGAGGUUGAGGGGUCAACUGAAACGAACCACUCGGAAGAACAACCCGGUGACGGGUCGAUCCUCUCGGCUGCGGACUAUCAGGACAUGUACGUGGCAAAGCUGAAUGAACGCUGUUUGGCUCAGCUCGAGACCGGUGUUGAACGGUGUCAGCGGGCGUUCGAGAAGUCGUACGAUGAGUGCAACGAGAGCCUACCUCCCGUGGUCAAUUCAUUCCUCUGUUGGCCUAUGAAGAUCGAUUAUGCUUGCAGUUCGGCCGAACUGUUCGGUGUCGGUACCGUCUGCAAGAUGGAAGACGUCUUGGAUGACGAUUUCGGUGAGAACUAUCGCCUACUGAAGAAGGCCGAGCGACAGCUCACUGGUGGUGUGAGUAACAUUGAGAUCGACUAUGAACUGCCCGACCUACGGAAUCAUCCCGGUUUUCAGAAUAUCAAGAGUGCCUCAAAACAAAUGGGCCACGAGUUGGGCGAAAGGGUGGAAGCGCUCGGAAUGCUAAUGUACCUUGUACGCAAGGUGUUUGCAUUCAUUUUCCUCCGUGUCAUCUACUACUCGGUUCGCUAUCACAACGAGUAUCUGUGGAAAAUCGACUUCAGCAACUUCUAUCUGACCGAAGAGUUCCGCAUUAUCGAUGCACGACGUGCCUCGGAAGGCCAUUCCAGAUUGCUGCCAUUCCGGGCGGUGCAACGAACCGAAUUAGUGGACACGCGGACCGGAAUAUGCAAUCGGCGGGAGCUAAGUCAUGUGGUAGGAGCAUUAGCUACCCUUACCUUCCAUGUCCUCUCUACCACCGUGCUGAUUCUAAUGGAUACUCUUCUCUCGGAGACGCUAGAGAUCGUUGCCCGCCACUCGUCCAUCGAAUACCAUCAGCAGGGUUACCAUAGCGUCAAUGUUACGGUACGUUACGCCAGAAGGUAGAAUUGCAUCAAACUGGGUCACCGACCAACGUCCUAUCCCGUUUUGCUUCAGGUCACCGGAACCGGUGCACUGGCGGAGUUGAUACGCAACAUUGCCGAAGGAUUCCGCACGCAGGAGCACCUGGACUUUCGCACCUCGAACGAGGAGUGUCUG